AUGACUGAUACAUAUUUGGUGAGAGUUGGGGGUAAAGUCUUUGAAUUUUCUGAAACGAGUCUACAAAUGGACGCUCCAAACUUGUUUACGGAAAUGUUUUGGGGUGGAAAAGUCUAUGGAGUCAAGGAAAUCUUCUUUGACCGAGACCCCGUAAUAUUUGAAGUAAUUUCAAGAUACUUGCGUGGUUAUGAGAUCUUUCCAAUUUCAUCCAUAAACCUACCAGUUGGUAUGUCGGAAAACAUUUUUCGACAUAAUUUAUUACGAGAUGCAAAAUUUUUUCAAUUAACAAAACUUUCAGAAUCCAUGAUAACGAUGGACACCAGAAUUGGAGACGUGUUCAACAGUCAUUUCAAAAUCGAGAAACGGUUGAUUGAUAUCGUACCACAUGUUCACUUGCAAUUGAAGAGAUUUGGGGAGAAACAAUUUGUGGUUUAUAAAAGUGAAGGAAUGCCGGUUGUCUUGUUUCAUAUGGGUGGGGUUAUAUGUGAUGUAGCUCCACCUAGUUCCACCGCAGAAUGGAAAUUUCAACCAGUAGAUUUGGAACAUAGUAGAAUCAUAAGGGAUAUAAUUGUAAAUAUCAUAGGUGAAAGUUACGAUCAUAAAAAUGAUGUUUUUAACGGUUGUAAAAGCAUUAGCGCGUUUGAAAUUGAUGGUCAAAAAGUUUAUGGAAGCGAGAUUUAUUCAAAAUUCAAGGAAAAAACUGCCCAAGUUGAUAAAUACGGGAGAAUCAGAUUUUUAUUAAGUAAAUUGAUUUUUAGUUUGGAAGUUGUUGGUGAACAUCUUCAGUUCAACAAUCCCAUUGGAAGUUCUUCCUCUGGAGGAAAAAUUAAACAUAGAAUUAAACCCGUUUGGGGGACUGGAAUUACCGAACCUACUUGGUUAGCGCAUCGAGGAACUUAG